GACCACUAACGAAUCUGUUCCGGAAGGACCAGCCCCUCAGCUGGGAUGCGGAGUGUCAGUAGGCUUUUGCAACUCUCAAGGACGCUCUGGCAAUGGCCCCUAUUUUGAUUCGAUCGGACCCCUCGAAACAGUUCAUUCUCAUCACGGAAUGGCAGCCGGAAGCUAUUUCCGCUAUUUUAGCACAAAAGGGGAACGAUGGUCGCGAACACGUCAUCGAGUACGCGUUACGAACCGUACUGGACGAACGAAGAAACGACUCCGCACCUCAGGGUGAGUGCUAUGCAGUAGUUUGGGGAAUCCAACACUUCCAUCCGUAUCUCUACGGACAGAAGUUUCGCCUCGUAACGGAUCACGAGCCUAUGCUGGCGCUGAAGAAACUCACUAACUACACGGGCAUGAUUGGUCGUUGGGCGGUGCGAUUACAAGAAUACGACUUCGACAUCGUCCAUCGAAAGACAGCGCGACACGACAACGCGGACGAGCUGACACGUCUGCACCGGCCUGCCAAGUCGGCGCGGGUUCCCACCCUUUCCUACUGUGUUAAGGAGAACAGUGCGCCACUAUUGUGUGAGGAGAGGUGGAAUGCGUGGUGGGAGAACUAUAUCGAACUCACUUUUUGCCUACUGGAGAUAAAGUUCCGCUGGUCAGAGGCGGCCCCAUUCGGAGAAGGGCCGGAGCAUCCAGAAGACAGCGUGGAGUUUCUGAUCAUCCAAGCGUGGAAAACAGCGGAGCAGGGCGACCUGCUGGGAUUCCUGUUCGGGAAGGUGGAGGAGGGCAGUCUUAUUUUGAUCACGAACGAGUUGCUGGUGUUUUUGACUCAGCUGGCGGACGAUCUGCCCCUGGACAUCUUGUCGCACAAUGACGAUCCGCCUUGCACCCACGUGCUGUCUCGAACGCUUGAGCCACACCUUGUGUGGUCCACGUGCAUGGAAAUCGACGAGGACAAUUGUCUCUAUCCCUCCCAGGCGCUCUGCUUUGAGAUCGACGUUACCGAUCUCACGUUUUGGGACCCGAUUGCGAGACAAAACAUCGCGCAGGACGAAGAGAUAAGGGGAGCAGAAGAAGAAGAAGAGCCAUCAAGUGAGGAACGGGACGAUCCGGACUACGUACCGGAAAAAGAGACGGGGAUAGCCAACGAAUCAAAUCAGCCGCAGGUAAAAGACGACAGGGUGGAAUCAGAAGAAGAAGAAGGAAGCAGGCUAUCAGGAUCGGAGUGCGAAGGAUUCGAGGCUGAAGUGCACAACGCGGCGCGGGAACGAGCACGAGAGCGGAGGAAACGGAAGCGCCAGGAGACCACGGAGGGAAAGCGGCCCGCAAUAGACGUAUCCUCUGUCGAUCCAUUGAUCGGGAACCCGUGGCGUGAUCCAGAGCCGCCAAAGGAGGAAGACGAUGGAGCCACAGCGGAGGGAUCACGCGGAAGAAGAAGAAGAAGAAAUGAAUCACCAGCUCCCUCCGGCUCCCCGUCCCGAUCCUCCCUUCGUCUAUAUCAAGGUCUCGGCAUUCGGGCUUCGUCCCCGGUCGUUCUCUGGCUGACCCCGUGACUACCUCAUGAUCACCCGCCUUCCCCAUAGACCCCCGUUCCCCGAUGGUUGGUGUC